UUAGAGAAGAUUUCAGCAACAAUUAGAAAGUUUGGGAAAGGCGAUUUUAGAGAAGAUUUCAGCAACAACUGGAAAGUUUCGGGGAGAUUUCAGCAAUUUGAUAUCCUGAUAGUCCGAUACACAUAAGGAUCCUCUUGGACGGUUUUAAAGAGUAAGGGGAAUUUUAGAUUUUAUUUAAAAGUUAAGGGGAGAUUUCAGCAAUUAUUCUUUCCCUAAAUGGCUAAAUAGAAAUCAGUAAGGCCGGUAGCCAAGACUCCAAAGGAUUUGAAGCAAAACCAGUCCUUACAGCAUCAGCAGCUCCUACUCUAACAUCUUGUGCGUCCAUGUUAGUGGCGGCUUCUACUAUGUUUCCUGUUGGCCAGACUUUGUCUUUCUGAAAUCUGAACCCGGAGAAGAUUAGUCGGACCCAGAAGUUGAAGUAAUUGAGCAGCACUUUUGGAGUGAGAAAGGAUGGUGAAAAAAAUGAACCCUCUUGUAUUCCUGGACAUAUCCAUUGAUGGGAAUCCUGCAGAAAAAGUAGUUAUUGAGCUUUUUGCAGAUAUUGUUCCCAAGACUGCGGAGAAUUUCCGAGCACUUUGUACAGGUGAGAAAGGAAUAGGGGCUUCUACGGGGAAACCUCUGCACUACAAAGGAUCAAUUUUUCAUCGCAUAAUUAAAGGGUUCAUGGCUCAAGGUGGCGAUUUUUCACACCGAAAUGGAGUGGGUGGAGAAAGCAUAUAUGGAGGGAAGUUUGCAGAUGAAAACUUCAAGAUGCUCCAUGACGGGCCAGGUCUUCUGUCUAUGGCAAAUGCUGGUAAAGACACAAAUGGAUCCCAAUUUUUUAUCACCUUCAAGUCUGCUCGCCAUCUUGAUGGGAAGCAUGUUGUUUUUGGAAAAGUCGUGCAGGGAAUGGAUGUUGUCAAGAAACUUGAGCAGGUGGGUACAAGUGAUGGGAAAUCCAUCAGUCUUGUAAAAAUUGUAGAUUGUGGUGAAGCUUCUGCAACCAAAACCCAUGAAGCAGUUGGAGCAGAGAAAGCAGAAAAAAGGAAGAAGAAACCAGAGAAAGCCCUUUCUUCUGAUGAUAGUUCUGAUGAACGAGGAAGGGGAAGACAUAAGAAAUCUGUUAGGAACAGAAGAAUGAAGAGAAAAAGAAGAUACUCCUCGUCUGAUUCAUACAGCUCUUAUACUGAUUCUGACUCCUCUUCCGAUAGUGGUUCUGAUUCAGAUUCUUCACCAUCAGAGUCAAGUUCAUCAAGUGAUGGAAGGCGUAGGAGGAAGAAGUCAUCAAAAAGAGACAGACAUCGGCGUGGGAAGAAAAGAAGGGGCCAGCGUAAGGAGAAGCGAAGAAGACAUGAUAAAAGAUCAAGGCACAAGUCCAAAUGGAGCUCCGAUAGUUCUAGUGAUUCAGAAAGUGAGAGUACUAGUGGAAGCAGCUCUGGUGAUGAAAAAGCUGGUCAUCAUGAUUCUAGUAGUAAGGCCAACAAUGUAUCACAUGUUGAACAUAAGUCACCACGAGAGCUUGGAAAUCGGUCAUCAUCCCCCAUCCGUGUAAAAGAGGUAGCAGUUGCAGACAAGCAAAGGAAAGAUAAACCGGAUAGGGAGGAAAAUUCAUCACAUGAAGAGGGUGAAUUUUCUCGAGAAAAUGGAGAACUUGUGAACAAUGGGCAUGGAUCAGAAAACAAAUCUGAAAAAAUAGUGAAUCGGUACCCUGAUUCAGAUGAUAAUUCAAACAGAUCAAGGAGCCCCACCCACAGUCCCCAAAGGAGGCAAACUAUCAGUCCUAAGAGGAGUGCAAGCAUGAGCCCUACAACAAGUCCAAGGAAGAGCCCAAAAUUGCGAAGUAUUAGUAGAAGUCCUGCUAAGAAGUUGAGUGGACAAAAAUGCAUCAGUUCUUCAAAAAGUCCAAGAAAGAACCCUACUUCUAAUCAUCGCCAAAGUUUAUCAAGAAGUCCUCAGGAAGGCACUCCAAAACGAAUCAGAAAAGGGCGUGGCUUCAGUGAACGUUACUCCUAUGCACGUCGGUACCGCACCCCAUCUCCCAACCGUUCACCUCCCAGGUCUCACCGUUAUGGGGGGAGGAAUGUUUAUGACAGGAACCGUGACAGGUAUUCAAGCUACAGAGGUUAUUCUGAACGUUCACCACCUAGACGUUACAACAAUCCACCAAGAGGCAGGAGUCCUCCCAGAUACCGAAACCGAAGAAGUCAAAGUAGGAGCAUCUCACGAAGUCCUGUGGGUUACCGUGGCCGUGACAGGGAUCGAGGCCGCAGCCCAGUCCGCAGUCGUAGUCCUAUGGAUGAGCGACCUGCCAUGAGUGAGAAGCUUCGAUCACGACUUGGCCCACGAGGGGGUGACACCCAUUCUCCAGACAAGGUGAAGUCUAAGUCAAGGGGCCAUAGCUCAUCACGGUCAAGAUCUUCUGGUGAUGUAGGUCCAGUAAAUCGUGGGGGAAAGAAAAAUUCACGGUCUCCCAGUCCCAGCGGAUCUAGAUCCAGUUCCCCACGUGCACAAAAGGGUUUGGUUUCCUAUGGAGAUGCAAGUCCGGAGGUUGGGAUCAGGUAGUUGAAACCUUGUCACAUUCACUGAGUCUAAUAUUCUCCGUUAAACGCAUCCAUUUCCUUGGUGUCACCAUCACCAGGGAAUGAAAGAGUGUAACCUUAAUGGGAUAUAUAAGGCCCUACAAAUUCUCUUUCUAUGACCUGAGAAAUUAGACCUCAAAAUAGAGUGUUAAAGACUUGGCUCAGAUGCUUCUCUGGUAUUUUUGCUGGUACUUUAGUUGAUGUUGCUAUGUAUGUCAUUUGGUAGCUCGAUUCCAGAAAAGAAAUGAGUGGUUCUUGCCA